CAAAGUUUCAUGCCAAAGAAUCAGCUGGGGCAACGUUCCAGUCAACUCGAUGGAAAUCCAACCGUUGACGUGUAUUCAUCAUCCAAUCCAACGCUGGAAAUAACAUGACAAAAGUGAAAAAAUCGAUGGCUGGUUUGACAUCCGCCGAAUCCUUCCGUCUCGUAUUGGUCUGCAUUUUGUUGGUGAUUUUGGUGUCCUGUUCCAGCACCAGCGCUGCUCCGUCGUUGAAAGAACAAUUAAGACAACUGCAGGAGAACUACAAUCAUUUUAAAGAUAAUGUCGAGGCUAGAAAUGUGGAAAUGGAAGCCAAAGUGAUAAAAUUGGAGGUCCAGAUCCAAGAGAAUAAUGAAAUUAUAGAUCGUCUGGAAUCCAAAAUUGUCCAAUUGGAGGCCAAAGUCCAACAGCAGGAUUUACUUUUAUCUGUUCUCCAUCCACGGAACAUAACUGACGACGAUCAGCAACAAGAAUAUUCAUUCUACGAUAUUAAUCCAAGCACUAAUCAAUCCUCGUCUAUUUAUAUUGGAAUGCCAAGCUCAUGUAAGGAGCUCAAACUGAUUGGCCACACCCUGAAUGGAUUGUACUCUGUCAUGGGCAACCAAUCAGUCGAAACUGUAUUCUGUGAUUUUACAAAUCUCAUCGACGAUCCAGGUUUAGAAAAAUGGAUCGGCUAUAAUGACGUCAAAUCAAGUCCCGUCUAUUUCUAUGUGCAGAAGAACUCGUCGUUUUUCGCCUACGAUACUCCGAUUCUUUUCGAGGUUGAGCGAAUCAACGUGGGAAACGCCAUGGAAUUGCCGUCGGGCAUCUUCACUGCGCCCCAGACGGGCACGUAUCACUUCUCCUUCACGGGAAUGGCGAGUUUCCCCACGUCUUGGACUUUCGUUUAUUUGGGAGUGGGACUCUACGUCAACGGCAAUCGUAUCGGAAUGGGUCUGGUUGAGGAGACAAACACCGUUAUCGGUCAAAAUAGUCAAUUAACACUCCAAUCGACACUCAAUUUACAAGUCGGUGAUAAAGUUUGGGUCGAGAUUUAUUACAAGUCAAAUUCCGUGUUCCUUUACGAUGCCAGCGAUUAUCACUACACCCAUUAUACAGGGUGGCUGAUGUAAUUUUAAAUGUUUGCUAAUAAUUUUCCAAUUAGGGUAGUUUAUUUGAUGGGAACUGGCGCCUUUUUAGAAAUUGUUUGAAUUAAUAAUUUAAAAAAUAAAAGUUUGCACCGGCUUCCGC